UGACAAACAAGCCAAACUAUAUUUUACAAAGAAGAGUGUGCAAGUGGUUUGCCAGCUAAUUCGACUCCAUUCUCUACUCAAACUCCUUUUUUUCCUUCCUCAACUGGCCUUUUUCUCCUUCCUCAUUUUUCCUUUUUUCUCCAUCUCAUCCAAUUAGACCAGCCAGCGACAGGAUAGCCUUUUUUCUUUUUCUCAUCCAACGAAAGGAUACAUAACCAAAAACGAGACACCGCUCACAUAUAUUCAAAAACCACUUUGCAAUGCCAGAGAUCAAGAAGAACCCAUCUGUUGAGGAUGACCUCGAUGACGACUUUUUGGAUGGUGCCCUGGAUGGCUUCACAUCCGCAAAGGCUGCGACACCUGUUAAGCCCACUGCAACCCAAAAAGCUACUGGUGUAGCUACAUCAUCUGCUACUUCUACAUCAUCCAAGGUCGAAAAGACACCAGAGUCACUUUUACUUCACCCAGAGGAACUUUUGGAUGAUGAUGAUGAUGAAUUGGGAGGAUUAGAUGCCGAGUUCUCAAAACAGCUGGCUUCAGGUAUGGAGGAGUUAAUGAAGGAGAUGAACAACAAUCCAGAACUACAAAAAUCCUUCGAGGAGAUGUUCAAGGGAUUAGAUGUCAAUGGAAAAGGACCAGCAUCCUCAUCAGGAGCAGGAGCAACAGGAACGGCGGGAACAGCAGGAACAAAGGCAGCUAGCGCUUCUAAUUUCCAAGAUAGAAUUGCAAAAACAAUGGAUAAACUCAAGGAUAGCUCAGAACAGGUUGACGCCCAAGUUGCUGAAGAGUCUGAGGAAGCAUUAAUGGCUGAGAUGAUGAGGCAAAUGGAGGGCAUGGCUGAGGGCGGUGAUUUCCAGAAUGUACUUGAAGGCAUGAUGGAGCAGUUGAUGUCCAAGGAUAUCCUCUACGAGCCUAUGUUGGAUUUGAAACAAAAGUAUCCUCAAUGGCUCAAGGACAAUAAAGACAAAAUAUCGGCUGAGGAGUAUGCGCGGUACGAGAAACAGUAUGGAUAUGUCACAGAGAUCGUCGCCUUUUUUGAUCGACCCGACUUUGAUGAAAAAAGUGACGCUCAGGCCAAGAGUGUGAUCGAGCUUAUGCAGGGUAUGCAAGACUGUGGUCAGCCUCCCGCUGAUAUAUUGGAGGAGUUGGCUCCUGGUAUGGAAUUGGGAAGCGAUGGUGUUCCUAAAAUGCCUGAUAUGCCAGAGUGUAAUAUGCAGUAGAUCUGGAGAUCUGUUUCAAUGUCCCUUUCCCGAGGCUCAUGACACGAAUCUCAAUUUGAUCUCUUUACUCCACAAGCCCGUCACAAGCCUGAGUAAAAAAAUAAAAAAUAAAAAUAAAUGUAUUCAAAAAAUUCGCCAC